CAAAAUAGAUCUUUGCCAUGCUUUAGUUUGUUUUUGGAGUACUUUUACAAAAGAAAGGCUUUCAAAUCGUGUUCGACCGAAUCCCUUAAUUACAUUGAUUGGUUGAACAAACGUUUUGAAGGCCAUCAAAGUUUCAUGUUGGUCAGAUGGAAACCGAAGAACCACACACAUUGUGACCGUUAGGGGGCAACAUUCGUUUAGAUUCUAAAGUUUUCUGGAUCCACCCGCAUACCAUACUGCACACAUUUCCGGAAGUAGUUAAGUAAUUUUAUAGCGUUUGAUCUGUUGAACCAUCAGGUGAAUUAGUAUAUUCAGGUGGUACAUCUAUGUCUUUAGUAUACAGUAAAUUCUUCAUGGUAAUAUUUUUUGUAGAACACGUGUUCAUGUGUAGAUGAAGCGUGCGCGGUUGACGUAUAGCUAGCGACGUAAGAUUCAACAGAUCAGUCAACACAUGAUGGCCUUGGUUUGAUUGCUGUACCCUGGAACGUCGAAUCAAUAAUCGUGAAUAUGGAAGAUGAAUGGGAGGAGGAGGAGCAGAUUGUUGUGGUUGAGCUCUCAGGCAUUAUAAACUCAGAUUUUUUGACAAAGUGUCAGGGCACUUGCAAAAUACUGGACAUUGACAGUGAACAGCCAAUGAUGCAGGUGGGGAGAUACGUGUUUGCAGGAGAAUAUGCAGAUACUCUGGGUACCUGUGUGCUCUUUGAAGAGGGAACUUCAAGUGGCGAAGACCAGGCCAGUCCAAAGCUGAACUAUAAGUGUCACACAGUGAAGAAGCUGAUGAUGCAGAGAACCUUCCUUACUGAGAAAAAGGAAGGAGACAACAGCUCAGGAGACUUCCAGUUUCAGCCAGUGGUUGAUGGAAUGUCCCCAGCCAGACAUGACUCUCCCACUAACUACAUCCAGAACCAAAAUGGGACCUCCAAGCCAGCAGAAGAGGUUCAGGCACAGAUGGAGUAGCCAGAUAGGCCAUCAGAUGUAUAGAUUUAAAGCCAUCAGGUCAUCAUUUUCACUCUUCCCUGGGAGAGGAAGUCCAGUGGCUAGGCAUUGGAAGCUGAUGGUGCAAGAUGGAACUGGGCUAAAAGUUUUGUUCCUAGAAGUGGACCUCACCCUUACUGGACUCCAAUCGCAAAGUAGACUGUACCCUCAGAUCUUGAAUGAGGUUUUACACGGUCACAUCCGAGUGCGUUUACAAGUGCACUUUCCCAAGCAAGGGAAUGAUGAUCGUGUUAGCCAACUUGCUACAUUGUUUAUUAAAUAUCCACACACCACACUGUCUGACAAGUGUAGUUCUGUUGACAUAAUUGCAUCUCUUUUUGAAAGAUUGCCCCCACGGAAAGAAGAUAUGGCAAAUGCUUGAAUGCUUUCUGCUUUGUGUAUGGAUUCCCUAACCCUGUCUCAAAUCACAUUCCCAGUCAAAAUAAGGUUCAGCUUGUUUCGGGAGGAUACAUCUGUUUCAAAAGGAUAUAAUCAGUUGUCACUCUUGUUUGAAACCAGUUGUUGUUUUGCACCGUUAGAUUAUUUGUAUUAGAUGUUUUUAUUUAUUAUAUUCUGUAUGCUGUGGAAAUAUUAAAUAUCAUAUGACAAUGUGUA